AUAGCAAUGCUCAGUCUACCACUGUGAUACAAUGGAUACUGCUAAGCUCUGGUUUAUGUUGCUCUGUGUUUGUGUCAGCUGGAUUUCGAGUCUGGCUCUAAACUGUGACUGGACCACUGAGUAUGAACAUGAAAAUAGAUGUUGUAAAGCCUGCCCUUCAGGUCAUUAUCCCAAAGUACUAUGUUCAAAGAAUAAAAGUGACAGUGAGUGUGUAAAUUGUUCAACAGCUACUUCGGCUAUUGAGAAAUGUUUCUGCAAAGAUAAUCACUUAUGUUCUGAUGAUAAAUGUGAAAAUUGUAAGCCCAGGGAAAAAUGCAAACCAGGACAGCAGCUGAAAAGAAAUGGUGCCUUUGAUUAUACUUACUUUUGUGAGCCAUGUCCAGACAACACUUACAAUGAUGCUGAGGACAGCACAUGUAAAUCUAUUACAAAAUGUGCUGGUGGUGAGAUCUUUCCGGGAAACAAGACCCACAAUGCAAGAUGUGGCUCUCUGGCAAAGUUCACAACAGUUCACCCAGGAGGCCAAUGGACACAGAACAACAGUAGUCAGACUACUCAUUCUUUUAUGGUGGCCUGUUUAAUAUUCACUGUGUUGACCUGCCUGGUUUUUGUCAUGUAUGCUGUUUUUAAAAUUUGCACAUACAAGAUGCGCACAAAAACAAGCAAACCGCUGUGCACACAUAGGAUGGCAUUGCCCUCAGAUACAUGCAUUUGCAAAUUAUCCAAGGAAGAAGAGGGAGACAUCAAUACAGCGCAUUCAGAAGUUCUUGAGGUCCACAGCUUUCUUAAAGUGUCUCUGUGAUGAGAAGACCACUGCACAAAGGUGUCAUUAUCUCAGUUUCUAAACAGAUUUGUAUAAGGACGAAUGAGCAGAAGGUGCCAUGUUCAUGAUUGCUCUGAUGCACAUUUUGCAGUCUGAAGAGGAUUUAUGCAAGAUGUACAACAGGAGUGAUGCUUCCUGUCAACUUCAUUUGUUACCUUGUAAGUGUAAAAACUUUAAAGAUUCAAAGUUUCUACAAGAGCAGACAACAUUUUGCAUUAUUCAGUUAAGCAAAGUAUGUAAUUCGCAAAUGUAAGGUUUCACAACAGAUUUAAAUGCCAAUGUAUUAAAAACAAAAUACCUCAUAAGUAUUUUACCAGAGAUUAACAGACACAACAGCAAGCCUUUUUAGUAUUUAAUGCUUCGUAUUUGUUUUUUGUGAUGUUCGUCUGUUUUUUUAUGAGACUAUGAGGGGGUUUGUCCUCCAUUAUUUCUGCUUUACUUUUAUAGUUAAUUCACAUCUGUUAAGCUCACUGAUUUUUCAAUGUCAGUUAUACUUUCUAUAGUUUACAGUUUCUACAUACAAAAUCCAUAAUUUGAAUACUUUUGCUAAGCAUAACUCUAUUUGUCAUAUUGUUGCAUGUUAGGUUCGGACCAUGUAUUCCAAAGAGUGAAAUAUUUUAAAUACUCUCACUGGUACUACAUCAAUGGAUAUGCUAUUGUUUUUUUGUUUGUUUGUUUUUUUUUGUUUUGUUUUUGUGAAUAUUGUAAAAAAAAGUGUUUCAGCAAUUUUUUCAGCAAUUAUUAAAUUCUGUUAUUCUGUCACUGGCCAAUAUAUAAGAGUUGUAUAUAGAGUUUUGUAGCACUAUAUUGCAAUGGCUUUUCUUGCCAAGAAAUGUAAAUGCGUUUAAUAUUGUACAUGCUAAAUAUAUGAUCUACACUUUUAUAAGCUGUAUAAUGGGAAUGCUAACUGGGACUGGGACAACACAACAAUGAAUAAAAGCUAAUAUCAUUUCACAA